AACACACUUCAGAUGCAGGGACUGCUCCGUCCUUACCAACUUGAAAAUCGCUAAGGACGUGAAGAUCAAUCGCGCUGCGCUGAAACACCCUCGCUCGUUUUUGAUGACAAGCCAGGGUUGCAGUUCGGGAAGUUUGGUUUGCCGUGGUGCACGCGGGCUCUACCGUUGUGGCCGACAAACAGGUUGCCCGCGGCGUGAUACUUCACUACUUUCUCGCCGAACACGUCCGCGUUCCUUUGAUGCAAGUUGUGGUGCUAUUUCUGCUACUGAUAUCGGUGAAUCCAUCACCAUAGUACCUGAUGUUAUCACUGCAGCCAUAUUUGCGUCCGAGCAAAUCGCCGACCUUUCCGAGUCCACUUUCACUGUCGGCGCCACUGUCGUCGAUUCCUCGCACGCCACGCUAUUUGCGGAACUCUCUGCUCUGACUGAGAUAACAGGUCCACAACGUAUGGAGGGCAUACUUUCCCCCGUAUCAGAUCUGUUGGAGGAAUUCGUUCUUGCUACGCAACGGUAUUUUUCUGAUGCUGGUGUCCGCUAUCCGCUGGGUUCUUCUAUUAUCUUCACGACAUUUGUUGUUAAGGCGCUUACUUACCCUUUCACGAAAGUGCAAGUUGAGAGCGCACUCAAUAUGCAAAAUCUGCAACCACAGGUAAACGCAGUUCGGGAAAAGUAUAGAGAUGAUCAGGAGCAGAUGAACAUUGAGAUCAAUCGGCUUUAUGAGGAUAACCAGGUUAGUCCUUUGGCCGGUUGUGGGCCACUUCUGCUCACUUUGCCAGUUGUUUGGGGUCUAUACAGGGCUUUCAAUAACGCUUCCAUCGACGGCUCGUUUGACGAGCCGUGGUUUUUUAUACCUUCACUAGCUGGUCCGACUCCCGAUCGUUCUCUAGCUUGGCUUUUGCCCCUCGACGACAACUAUCAGCCCCCCUUGGGAUGGCACGAUGCUUCUCUUUAUCUUGUUGUACCGAUAUUGACUGUGGCAAGUCAAUAUGUCAGCAUGAGUAUCCUUUCGCCUGUUAAGGAUUUAAAUGAUCCAAAUACCGCUGAAACGGAGCAGCAAUCCUUCCUUCUAAACUUUCUGCCACUCUUCAUAGGAUAUAUCUCACUUACUGUUCCAGCAGGGCUUACCUUGUACUGGCUAUUCAAUAACAUUUUUACGACUGCUACCCAGGUGUAUUUAAGACAAGGAGGGGGUGCAGUUGCUAAGGUAGAGAAAAUAAAAGAUGUCAAGCUGAAGGUCCCACUUGGAUGUGCGAUAGUCGACCAGAACAGUACAGAUCAACUCUCUGUACAUGACGUUUUCGAGGGGCCAUAUGUCCUUGUUACAGACUCAGGUGAAAUAGACCUGGCUUAUUCAGGUGAAAUAGACUUGGCUUAUUCCGCGUUACCUGAUCAUGACAAGGCAUACGGGUUCUAUCUAUCGCCCGAGUUACGCAGUGCCAAAACGGAUAAGUGGAGAUUGCAUAUGGAAAAGCGAGGUAAGCGAAGUCUUGAUCCUGCGGAGAGAUACAACGCAACACCCGAAGAGUUGCGCUUACUCAUAUCCGAGUACCUGAAGUUAGGUAUGGUGGCUGAGGCUGAAGAAAUAUCGGUGGAGUUGGGUCGACUUGGUUCGGAGACAGAGAGAUCAGAUCCACUGUGAAGUGUACAAUAUAAAGGUGUCUUUCAUUAUGGAGACGGCGAUGAAAAACACAUGGAUGAACAGCACUGCAGUGAACUGAAUUAAAAUGUUGUCAAAUAAGCCGGCUAGGUGGGCGAAUAGCCCGGCGCAUAGAAGGAAUUCAAUACAUUUUCAACACUAGAGAUACGGUAAAUAAUAAUAGGGUAAAAUCAGGGUAAAAUCAGGGUAAAAUUAUGUUGAUUUUACCAUGGUAAAGUCUACAGGGUAAAAUCAGGGUAAACUUUUUACCUUUUUUUUACCCUCAUUUUUCAAAGUGGUUACAAUAAUUAUUAAAAUAAUAAUAAUAUGAUAAAUAAAUAUAUAAAUAAAGUUUAUG